AUGUCAAGUCCCGCGCCACACACCCCGCGUCCUCGGGGAAGACCACGCGGCCGCCCGCCUGGAAGCAAAAACAAGUACCCGCGAACCGCACCGCCCGCCACGCACGGCACUCGAGGCCGGCCACGACGGCAUCGCGACGACGAUGAUGAAGAUAUAAUCAAGGCCGAGGACGUCAAUUUGGACGACGACGACGAAGACGAAGACGAUGACGAUGACGACGAUGAUGACGAGAACACGAGCACAUCCCGGCGCAAGCGGCGACGGCAAACCACGUCGCAGCAGCAGCAGCAACAACAAGAACAACAGCAGCAGCAAGACACCGAGAACGCGAACGGCGAGGAGCCCGUGAUUCGCGAAGACCCGCGAGCGGCGGCGGCGCGCAAGGCGCGGGCGGCGCGGAUGCGGAAUAUGCAGGCGAGGUCGGCGGCUAAUGCGCAGACGGUCGCGCCGCUGGAUCUGGAUGGAAAUCCGCAGGAGGUUAAGGACGACGAGAUCGUGGUGCAAGGCAACCCGAUCGGAGACACCAAGGUCGACGAGUUUGGUCGGUUGGCUGGCGGGCGCGAGUACCGAUGCCGGACGUUCACAAUCCAAGGCAAAGGCGAGCGACUCUACAUGCUCUCGACCGAACCCGCGCGCUGCAUCGGCUUCCGGGAUUCCUACCUGUUCUUCCAGCGCCAUCGCCAGCUUCUCAAAGUGAUUGUCGACGAACGGCAAAAAUACGACCUGAUCGAGCGCAACCUGAUCCCGCACUCCUACAAAGGCCGCCCGAUCGGCGUCGUCACCGCGCGCUCUGUCUUUCGCGAAUUCGGCGCCCGCAUCAUCGUCGGCGGCCGGAAAAUCACCGACGACUACAACGAAGAGAGAGCACGCGCCGAGGGCGCGGUCGAAGGCGACAUCGCUGAUCCGGAAGAUAAGCUGCCGCCGCCGGGGAUCGAGUAUAACCGAAACCAGUACGUGGCCUGGCACGGCGCGUCGUCGGUCUACCACACGCAGCAGGCGAACGGGCAGCCGCUGCAGGACUCUGUCGGCGCGUUCCGGGACCAAGGGAGGAAAAAGAACGUGGUGAUCACGGACGAGAACUGGAUGCUCGAGCACGCGCGCGCAGCGAGUAAUUACAACAACGUGCUCGCGCAGCAGCGGAAACGCGUCUGGGAGGAAAAAGGCGUGUAUGAACCGCACACGGGGAUCACGAUGGUGCCGCAGGCGUCGCAGCCUACAAAGUGCUGGUUGGAAUACGUGAGUGCGCCGGCGAGAAAAUAUUGA